CACUGCUCAGAACCAACACCUCAGACGGAAUGUUGACAUGGGUGGUGGUAUGGUGUGUGUGGGCGUGGAUGGGCGUGAAGGCCGCCCACUUGACCUUGAUGCCACGGGAAAUAUUCCGUCCACACCGCAUAGUGGGCGGGGAGCCAGUGAAGCGAGGUGAGCUGCCGUGGCAAGUGUCACUGCAACUGAAUGGUCGACACUUCUGUGGAGGGACACUCAUCUCUGAUGCUUUCGUUGUUACCGCCGCCCAUUGUGCCAGGAAUAUCACGUUGAGUGAGUUGAGGGUCAUCACAGGAGCCUGGGACCUGAGGGAAGACAACAGAGAGUAUACUGUGAAGAGUGUCUCUCUGGCCCCCUACAACAUUAUCACCCUUACUAACGACAUUGCUUUAAUCAGAUUAGAUGUCGAAAGUACUGAUAUUGCUACCAGAGGAGGGACCGGCGGGGUGCCCAUCUCCCUGGAGACGCGGAAGGAGGUUGGUGUUGGACAGAGAUGUACCAUCUCAGGCUGGGGCAGACUGGCAGAGGAUGAUGCCCUACCCCACGUCCUCAUGGCUGCUGAUGUGACGGUGAAGAGUGACGCUGCCUGUCAAGAUAUAUAUUACCAUCGUAGUUUCUUCAUGGUGUAUCCAGCUAACUUGUGUGCCGGUGGGGACGACAAGGACGCCUGCCAGGGUGACUCUGGAGGCCCUCUAGUGUGCUGCACCAACUCCACCGAAGACCUGGCUUCCUGCAGACUGACAGGCAUCACCUCCUGGGUCGGCUGUGCCACAGAGGGAAUUCCAGGUGUUUACACAGAGGUGGCACACUACGUCGGCUGGCUGAGAAAGACCAUCAGUAAGGAAUAUGGCGAGGACGAGCUGAGGACACUCUCAUUCUUCGAAGAAGAUAAUGAAUAGACAGAUUAUAGAACUGAAUUGGAAGGAACAGUCUAUUAUCCUCAAAUACCAGUUAAAACAGUUAAUAAUAAAACAUAUUAAGCUGAAUAUGAUAGGAUUUACAUACAACAUAAUUCCACUGGUAAUCGUUUUAGAUAAAAUUAAAAAAUAAAUAAAACAUAAAUAUAGAAAAUUGAUGUCAGGCAGCCCUGACAUCCAUCAUUUACAAGAUUAGAACAAGAACCAGUAAUAUUGACCUAACACCCAAACAACGUAAAACGGUUGUUGCUACAAUGGUUCUGCUGCAUUAUAGGUUCACUGUAAAUUCUUGCAGCAAGUCUGGAGAUUUUUUUACAUAUAUGCGGGACCGCAGUCACACCGGAUGGUGUGUACAUGAUAAUAACACGAGUUAACACAGUAUCAGUAGUUAUAUGUGAAUAUUUACGUUUUGUUAUGGCAGUGUGGAUGAUAACAGCAGUACAAGUAUCAC